AACCGCUGAUGACGCCGUUCCGCUCCUCUUGGCGACCCGGAAGCGCCGGGGCGCGCCCCGCCCCCUGACCCGGAAGCUCCUCCCCGCUGUCUUUCCGAGCCGGCCCUGGAAGGAGGAGAAAUGCAAGAGGAGGGAGAGUGAGAGGGGAGGGUACGUUGACAUCUGUCUGAUACUAGACUGGUGAAUAGGAAGAAGGUCCCAUCUCUGGCCUGUUUGUGGAAGCUGGGAUGAUGAAGGCCCUGCAGUGGGAGCGUGCUGUGGUACAGGGUUGAAGCUCCAGCCCAUGUCUGGUAGUUAUAGAGCAAUUGGAAGGGUUACGUGCAGAGUUCUGGUAAACUAGGAUGGAAGAAUCUCAUUUCAACUCCUCCCCGUACUUCUGGCCAGCAGUGCCCACCGUCUCGGGACAGAUUGAGAACACCAUGUUCAUUAACAAGAUGAAGGAGCAGCUAUUGCCCACAGAGAAGGGCUGCAGCCUGGCUCCCCCCCACUACCCUGCCUUGCUGACAGUCCCCACCUCUGUGGCCCUGCCCACUGGUAUCUCCAUGGACUCGGACACCAAGCCAGAGCAGCUGACACCACACAGCCAAGCCCCUGUGACUCAGAACAUCACCGUGGUACCAGUGCAGUCUGCUGGGCUCAUGACAGCAGGUCCUGGUCUGGUGAUAACUUCCCCGUCAGGUUCUCUGGUGACCACAGCCGCCUCUGCCCAAACCUUUCCCAUCUCAGCUCCCAUGAUUGUCUCUGCGCUACCCCCUGGCUCCCAGGCAGCCCUGCAGGUGGUUCCAGACCUGUCCAAGAAAGGGACAACCACCCUCACUGAAGGGGCUGGGGGAGUUGCCCCCAAACCACCCCGGGGCCGGAAGAAGAAACGAUUGCAGGAGUCAGGGCUGCCAGAGAUGAGCGACCCCUUUGUGCUGACAAACGAAGAUGAUGAGGACCAGCACAAGGAUGGCAAGACAUACAGGUGCCGGAUGUGUUCGCUGACCUUCUACUCCAAGUCGGAGAUGCAGAUCCACUCCAAGUCCCAUACGGAGACAAAGCCACACAAGUGUCCUCACUGCUCCAAGAGCUUCGCCAACAGCUCCUACCUGGCCCAGCACAUUCGUAUCCACUCAGGGGCCAAGCCCUACACGUGCAGCUACUGCCAGAAGGCCUUCCGCCAGCUCUCCCACCUGCAGCAGCACACACGGAUCCACUCCAAGCUCCACACGGCGAUUGUCAAGCCGCACAAGUGUCCUCACUGCUCCAAGAGCUUCGCCAACACAUCCUACCUGGCCCAGCACCUCCGCAUCCACUCGGGGGCCAAGCCCUACACCUGCCGCUACUGCCAGAAGGCCUUCCGCCAGCUCUCCCACCUGCAGCAGCACACACGUAUCCACACCGGGGACCGACCCUACAAAUGUGCUCACCCUGGGUGUGAAAAGGCUUUCACCCAGCUUUCCAACUUGCAGUCCCACAGACGGCAGCACAACAAAGACAAACCUUUCAAGUGCCACAACUGCCACCGUGCGUACACGGAUGCUGCCUCGUUGGAGGUACACCUGGCUACGCACACGGUGAAACACGCCAAGGUCUACACCUGCUCCAUCUGCAGCCGGGCCUACACCUCGGAGACGUACCUGAUGAAGCACAUGCGGAAACACAACAUCCCUGACCCACAGCAGCAGGUGGUUCAGGCGCAAGCCCAGGCCUCGCAGCAGCAGCAGCACUUCCAGCCGCAGGGCGGGGGGGCAGCAGGGGGCCCUUCUGGAGACACUAACCAACCCAACCCUCCCCCCCAAUGCUCCUUUGACCUGACUCCUUACAAGACUUCAGAGCAUCACAAGGACAUCUGCCUCACUGUCAGCACCAGCGCCAUCCAGGUGGAGCACCUCUCCAGCUCCUAGAGAGACCUCAACCCAGGGAGCAGAACGCCUCUUGUGCAUAGCCUGUGCCAGGGGCACCGCUUAUGCAGCGGCCCUCCUCGUGCAACAGUUUCCGGCCUCUCCUCCUGCAACAGCCUCUUCUGGCCGUUUAACCCUGUUCAUGGCAGCCCCUUGAACAACAGCCUGUCUCAAGGGGGUGCUCCUUCUGUGCAACAGCCUGCCUGGUAGGAGGAUGCUUCCUUGUGCAAGAGCCCCUUUCCUGUGCUGGGAUCACUUCCUCAUGCAAGAGCCCCUCCUUUGAAACCCAAAGAAAGGCCCCUGUUUUGCCUUCUCUCUCACUGUAGGAUGUGUACGAAGCGGGGUUGCGUGUUGAGAUACGCAUGGUGGAUGGGAUGGAGAGAUGGCCCUUGUAUUCACAGGGGCUUGGACACAUGUUUUUAGCAGGCCACAGAAGAAUGUGGCAGGGUUGACAGCUGGAUGGGGUUCUUUGAGGAUUGCCUUGAGUGUCUGAGAGAGAAAUAUCCAUUCCUGUCCCUCCUGCUUGUGAAAGGGAGGAGGGGUCGCUCGUCCUGCCCCAAGGACUGGAUGGGAGAAACCUCCUCCCCAGUGGAAGGUGAGACCAGUGGAGGGGGGAAAGGUGAGGCAUGUUCUCUGGGAUGGACAGGUGCCUACACUGCCUAAGGGCUGUGGAGUAUUGCGUUCUUUCUCCUCCCCUGGUGGAGAGCAAUAGAGAGGAGUCUGUCUGAACUGACUGCUGCCUCUCUCUCCCAGCUGUCUGAGCAGCACGAUGGCCCCGUAGGAAUGUGGGUUCCUGCUCAUUGCUCUUCCUGCCUGUUGUGGAUGAUAUCCUAGCAGCUUGUACUCCUCCUCCUCUCCCUCCUGCUUUUCCCCCCACCUCCUCAGAAAAGCCUGCAGGCAUCAACAACAAACCAAAAAGCAACUGGAGGGAGGGUAAGAGACUGCCAAAAUAAUCAUCACCCUUCUCUCUACUCCCUUUCCUGAAAGGUGGAAUGACAGCAGUUCUGACACUCACAUACCUGUCCUGCCCCCAGUUUCCCAAAGGGAAAGAGGAGGAGGAGGAGGAAGAGGAAGAGGAGGAGGAGGAGGAAUAGACCAGUCUUUUCAAGGAGCUGGCAGGAGGCAGGGAAAGGCUAGCUUCUCCUGCUCAUCUCCUGCCAGAGUGCUCUCCCAGGCUCCCUCUUGCCAAGACGGGCUGGACUCACAUGGCAGUGGUGGCCUCUUCUGGACCCUGGUAAUGGGAGAGAAUCCCCAAAAGGUGGACAGUGGAGAGAAGGGGAUGAAGAUCCCCACAGAGAGACCAAUCUAAUGAGAAGGGGGAGCCAACAAGAAUAAACUGAAGGCCCCUUGAAUUUAUAUAUAUAUAUAUAUAUAAAUAUCUAUUCCCCACCCCUGGCCCGCUCUGUCCUUGCUGUAACUGUUUCUAUCUCUGUGUUUAUAAAACGCAUUAUCCUGGCGAAUUUUUAUUUUCAAUCUUCGUUUGUUUUUCCCUUUCUCUUCGUCUUCAAUUCUCCUUCCUCUUUUUUUUUUUUUUUCUUUUUUUUUUAAUUGGUCCACAUGACUGCUAGUCUUGUGUGUUACUUGUUAGUUUCUUUGGAUCAUGGAGGCUGACUUGGAAGAGAAUGAGAAGGCAAGGGAAAAAGCAUGUGUUGUUGGGUUUUAAAAUCAGUCACCCACCCAAAGCCUAUAGAAUCCCAGACUUCUGUAUGAACAACCAAUAGGGGCUUCUAUUUUAUUUUUUUUUAACCACCCUGUAUAGAAAUAAAUUGGUGUAAAAGGCUCCUUGAAGGUGCUGCUGCAAGCACCCUGCCCCUGUGACGUGUGUUCCUUCCCCCUGCACCCGACCCCUGCAGGAGCCUCUGGCUGCCCUGAGUCCCGAGGGGCCGUGCAGGCAGGCGCAAGAGCAGCACAUCCCUGCCUUUGGCACUUUGGCGUUUGCACAAGGAAAGUGAGGAGCUCUGCACCUGGGGAGCCUGUGGCAGAAACCUUUUUCUCUGUUCAGUCACCAGGGUUGGCUGCAAACGGGUGGAGUGUUUGGUAGGUGCAUAGGUUAGGCUAGAUGGAGCUGUCUGGUUUGACUCCUGCAUUUCAUAGGUGACAUUUCAAUGUAUUUAGGCUGUAUUGAGCCCCAAGAACUCAUUUGUAUUUGAACUGCGUUGACAAAAUGCAUUGGCUUGAUUUUGAGGCACUGGGACACAAAAUCCAUUGGUAGCCUGCUGCAAGGUCUUCAUGUUUUCACUGUUUAAAUAUUUAAGCCAGAUUUCUCCUUGCUUUGGCUUCUGGUUACUAGUUCUGGAAAUAUUCAUCCUUCUGAUUCUGAGAGCCUGAAUGGGACUUCUCCCCCCCAGACUUGUAUUUAAACCCUCUAAUGUCCCUUCUCAAUCCACUUUUUGACAAGGUAAACAGAUAGAAUUCUGUAAAUCUUCCACUGUAAGGGAUUUCUUCCAGCCCACAAAUUAUUCUUGUCUUUUCUCUCUACAUCUUGUCAAAUUUUUCAGUAUCUUAUAAACAUGUUCACUUCGGGACUGAGUGUUGAAGCCCCAGUGCCAUGGAUGAGGUCCCUCAGCCCUUUGCCUUAAGUCUGCAGAGGAUUAUGUUUUACCUCUUCUCAUGGUGUUAUACAGGAGCACACAGGCUGCUUGUCUGGUCAAGUGUGAUCAUCCAAAGUCUCAGCUUUCCAUGAUAAGUGUUUUCUCUACAGGUAUGCUCUGGGUUCUUGUUUCCUGGAUGCCUCACAUGGGGCUGUGUCCAAGUCCAGCCUAUGUGAAUGGACCUGGCUGACUGAUGGACCAGGUUACUCACAGCUUUCAUAGUUCUGUCACCCGCAAACUGUAUCAGUUGUUAUUUUUAUUUUCAGAUCCAGGUUGAAAUGCAAUAUUGCAUCUGACCUAUGCUAACUUGAAAAGCAUCAUUGAGUGCAGCUUCUCAUUAGCUUCUUUUUGAGACUUGCAGGCUGGGCAUUUCGUAAUCCUCUUAGUAUUUGAUUAUGUACAGUUUAUAUUUCUGACUUAUGGUGCUCGGUCAAUGCCUUAUAAAAA